UGGGAUGUUAAAGCUGGAUAAUUUCUACCUUCCCGCUUCUCUUUCUCUUUGUCUUGUUUUUUUGUGAUCUUUACACUCAAUUGACACCUGAGGAAUCCCCCACAUUAUAUCAAACUAUCAACACACUUUUUUUGCCCAAUAGACACCAUGGACUCCUUCGGUCAAGACAGUUUUGGUGGUGGCCGUCGCGGUGGUGGUGACAGCUACGGAGGCAAUGACUCCGGGUUUGGAGGCAACAACUCUGGCUUCGGCGGUAACGACUCCCAGUUUGGUGGAGGUGGCUCUGGAUUUGGAGGAAAUGAUUCUGGAUUUGGCGGUGGUGGCCGCGGAGGUGACUCCGGCUUUGGAGGCAGCGGCGGUGGUAACAGCUUCGGAGGAGACAACGACAGCUUUAGCGGUGGUAACAGUCGCGACAACAACAACUUUGGCGGUAACGACUCUCAAUUUGGUGGAGGUGGCUCUGGGUUUGGAGGAAAUGACUCGGGCUUUGGCGGGGGUCGCGGUGGAGGUGACUCUGGCUUCGGAGGCAAUGACUCCAGGCACGGCGGAAACGAUUCUGGAUUUGGGGGUAACAGCUCUGGCAACUCUGGCUUUGGCGGUAAUGACUCUGGCUUUGGCGGAGGAAGAGGUAACCAAGACAACUUCGGGGGCUCUGGUGGUGGAAAUGACUCCUUCGGUGGCUCCUCCGGUGGCUCCUCUGGUGGGCUUGGGGGUUUGGUGAACAAGGCAGAAGGCUUCCUCGGCAGCCACGGUGGAAACAACAACCAGGGCGGCUCUAACAACGGAGGACAGGGUGGUAACUCUGGUGGCAACUUUGUCGACUCGAUGGUUGACCAGAAGGUUGACCAGUAUGUCCCUGGUGGAAUGGAUGGUGCUGUUAACCAGGGAAUCAACCAGGAGGUUAACAAGUUUUUCUAAGGAUCUGUUUCACGAGUUGUGGAAUGGAAAUGCCGCUGAGCAUGAUAACGCUGUCUAUACGUGCGUGUUCCGUAUUUAUGUACAAUCUAUUCCGUAAGGUUGUAAGUGUGAGAGUUGAUGUUAAUGGUCGACACGGUCCAGGUCUUGCCAUUAUCCGACGUCGACAGGCCGGAGGAGCUGGCCUCGUUGAUGGACAGGGUGUCGCCGAAAGAGUUAUCCUCGGCGUUAAGGAUGAUGGUGGUGUCAAGGUACU